UGUCGACAGUGUAUCCAUUUCUAAUUGGAACGAUCAAUGUGGCAGCAAGAGCUGCGAUGGAUGCGGCACGUUGUGCGUGUGCAGGACCAGGAGCUUCGCCUAGACCGCUGGUUGCGGCGCCAGUUCCCGACACUUCCACAGAGUUUCCUACAGACGCAGCUACGCAAACGCAAGAUCCGGCUACAGUCCGCUACGACGUCGAGUUUGCAGGCAGCCCGAGCCAAUUCGCUGCUGCUGCAGGGCUCCACAGUGGCCAUCAACGCGUUUCUCUUCCAGUCCAACUGCACUCGCUCGUAGUGCAACAAACAGAGCAUGGCAUAACGUUACAACAUCAUAAUCCGACCACGGCACAAGACAAGACGACAUUGCAGCAGGUGAACGGACUAGCUGUGCAGGACGGCUCGGCGUUGAAUGAGUCGUAGCUGCUUGCCGUGGAUUGCAGAGCUUAUAAGAAACGAUUUCACAAUAUUGAAAAAAAAGCAGUCCGGGGAGCAUCAACAGUUGCAAGUGGUGCAUCGAUUGGAUAAGGAGACGUCGGGGGUGCAGAGGCUGGCUCGCUCUCGACUUGCUACGAAGUGGCGUCGUACAAAACCUAUGAGGCGUUUGGUUGUAUCAACAACCAGGUCAACAGUAUGGACCAUGUCACUCGAGUUCCAUUAUAUUUGAGGGGCGAGAUGACAUACCCACACAUUGAAACGGGUGCUGAGACAGCGUACGCAGCCAGUAGAUGCAACUCCGGAACUCCGAUCCAGCACUGGACGCAAAUGCCAAGCUACCAAGCGUCCAUUGCGACCAAGAGUGUACCGAUCGUGGGGACAAAACCAGUAGGGAGGACAGAGUCAGUCACGGAUAUCCCAUCGACUGUUUCUACAUACGAAGCGCAUUCGAUUCCUACGCCCGGUCAAUGCUGACCGUCAGCCUGACGGGUUAAGUGGUGCGAGCUGAACAUCGGCAAUGCAGAAUAAGAUCGGAGCCUGAGAAGCGUCUGCGAAGGUUUGUCGAGCGCGCUUGCCUUUUUUGCUGCGUUCCGAGCGGGUUCGAUGAAAGUUGCACUGGUGGCGACACUUGGAGCGCAUCAAUGCAAGUCCACCGCAGCACUGCACACCGAGAGAUUGGUACAUGCAGCAUUACCGCGUCAGAUACAAUGAAUUGAACACGCUGGGGGUUAAUAAUGUGUGGCUGCAUGGCGCAAGACGAGCGAAACGGUUUGGUAGCAUGGCGUGCGACGCCGGACUGGCUCAGAAUGUGCUAUAUAUCGCCCGUGUGUGGUGCUAAUCUUGGGCUCCAAACUACUUGCCAUCCUAUCUUUGGGUGUCGCCGUGCGAUCGCCACACUCCGACCAACUGCAACAUCACCAAGACAGAAUUAGCUUACACGUUAACCGCCGCAACCUUAGUCUGCGGGUGGUUAUCUCGCCUAGCGCAGCACCAAAAGCUCGCGUUGCAGCCGAGUCGCCUCUAUCGAAGCCGAGGCGAACCUUUGCUCGCGAUGUCGUGCCGUCGCCCAGCGAUCUUUGUCCAUUUUCUCAUCUUGGCGCGGCGUCUCGAUGAGAUGCAAUUUGUAGGCAGCCUUUCUUACGUGU